AUGUCUGCCGCUACCGAUAAGGCACGCUUCUUUCUAGAAAAGUCAGUACCUGAACUGAAAGAGUAUGAGAGAAAGAAGAUUUUUAGCAAGGAUGAGAUCACAGCGAUCAUCAAGAAAAGGUCGGACUUUGAGCACAAGCUCAAUGCUCGCGGUGCUCAACCUUCCGAUUUUGUACGAUACGCAGAAUACGAAAUGAACCUCGACGCCCUCCGACGCAAAAGGGUGAAGCGACUUGGUAUUCGCGGUGCGGGAUAUUCUGGCCAGCGGCGGAUUUUCUUCAUCCUGGAUCGCGCAACUCGCAAAUUCCACGGCGAUAUUGGCUUAUGGAUUCAAUACAUUGAAUAUGCUAGGGCCCAGAAAGCUUUCAAAAAGCUUUCUACGAUCUUCGACGAUGUCCUGCGACUACACCCAACAAACGUGGAUCUGUGGAUAUAUGCAGCGCAAUAUGCUUUGGAUGACCAUGCAGAUAUGACGCAGUCUCGAAGCCACAUGCAACGUGGGCUACGGUUCUGCAAGAGCUCUAGGAAGUUAUGGAUUCACUACGCGAAGCUGGAACUGAUCUAUACAGCCAAGCUUGUUGCUCGGCAGCGCAUCCUGGGUCUUGACAGAGAGAUUGAAGCCCCGAAACCAACGUCAGAUGCUUCAUUUGAAGAUCCCAACGCCGACAUGAUUGCGCUACCACAGAUCACCGGUGAAGAUAUCAACCCGAGCGCUAGAGAUAGUAAUGGAGUGGACCAAGUGGCGUUGGAGAAUCUUCGCUCAACGCCUGCAAUGAGCGGUGCUAUCCCUUUGGCCAUUUUCGAUACAGCAAUGAAGAACUUCGAACAAGAUGCCAAAUUCGGCCGUGAAUUCUUCGACAUGGUCGUGGACUUUCCUGACUUGCCCUGUUUACGCAAAAUCUUGGAACAUGUUGUUAAUGCGCUGCAGCAGUCAAGUCCUACCAGUCAUCAUACGCAAAUCUGCUAUAUCAAACUUCCUACCGCCGGAGUGCAGCCCACAUCACCUGAAUUCCCGCGGGCUUUAGUUACGUCCUUUGCCCGGUUGAAGGAGCACCGCGAGAAUCCCAAUGUCGCAAAAGAGGUUAUUAAUUGGCUGCAGCCAUUGGAGAACGCAGAAGGUCUGGAUCCGUCUCUGCAAAAAGCCAUUACUGCCACGGUCCGCAACGCGGAGCGUGUGCUCUAG